AGAUUUGUAUGCGACACCAGUUGCGCUCUUUCAUCGUUCCUGGGUUCUCCAGCGCGUUUGCUUGAGUUUUCAUCGCUGUGGCAACUUUUCCAGCAGUACGGGUUUGUCUAGGGCUAGGAUCAGCCUCCCGUGAUGUUUCACUGUAUCCCCCUGUGGCGGUGCAGCCGUCACAUCGAGUCGGUCGAUAAGCGCCACUGCUCGCUGCUCUUCGUCCCGGAUGAGAUCUAUCGCUACAGAGCGAGUUUGGAAGAGCUUCUACUGGACGCCAACCAGCUCCGGGAUUUGCCCAAGCAAUUUUUCAAUUUGACUAAGCUGAGAAAACUUGGCCUAAGUGACAAUGAGAUCCAGCGGCUGCCGGGGGAUAUAGCCAACUUCAACCAGCUCGUAGAGCUAGACAUCUCUCGAAAUGACAUUAUGGAACUCCCUGAAAGCAUUUCAUAUUGUAAAACCCUCCAAGUAGCAGAUUUUAGUGGAAAUCCUUUGACAAGAUUGCCUGAAAGUUUUCCGGAAUUACAGAGUUUAACAUGCCUUUCCAUCAAUGACAUUUCUUUACAAGCACUUCCAGACAACAUUGGAAACCUCUGUAACUUGGUAUCACUGGAACUCCGAGAGAACUUGCUGACUUAUUUGCCAGAGUCUCUGUCUCAACUUCAUAAACUUGAAGAACUGGAUGUAGGAAGCAAUGAACUGUAUAAUUUGCCUGAGACAAUAGGCUGUCUUGUCAGUCUGAAAGACCUGUGGCUGGACGGAAACCAGCUGUCUGAAAUACCACCGGAACUGGGGAGUAUGAGAAGCCUUACAUGUCUGGAUGUAUCGGAGAACAAGUUAGAGCACCUCCCAGAGGAGAUGGGAAGCCUCCUCUCCCUCACUGACCUCCUGGUGUCCCAGAACCUCGUAGGCGUGCUGCCGGAGGGCUUAGGUAAACUAAGACUGCUUUCAAUAUUGAAAGCAGAUCAAAACCGAUUAGUCCAACUCCCGGAGAGCAUUGGCAACUGUGAAAGCCUGACAGAACUAGUGCUGACAGAAAACCAGCUGGUGAAUUUGCCAAGAAGUAUUGGAAAACUAAAGAAACUGUCCAACUUCAACUGUGAUAGGAAUCGACUAACGUCUUUACCAAAAGAGAUCGGCGGCUGCUGCAGUCUGAAUGUUCUGUGUGUGAGAGAGAACCGUCUGGCGCGCAUCCCUCCCGAGCUCUCACAGGCUACUGAGCUGCACGUGCUCGACGUUUCUGGAAACAGACUGCUGUACCUGCCCUUGACACUGACCUCUCUACGACUCAAAGCUCUCUGGCUGUCAGAGAACCAGUCUCAACCCCUGCUCACCUUCCAGACCGAUGUGGACCCAGAGUCUGGAGAGAAGGUCCUGACCUGUGUACUGUUGCCUCAGCAGCCCUGUGAGUCGGAAAACAAAGGUUCCGAUAACCUUGCCCGCUGUGGUGCUCUGGCGAGUCUGGUGGGGGACGGCAUGCUGGAUGACACCUGGGAUGACAAAACCCCAAACAGAAUGAGCACCAUCCGUUUCAUGGAGGAUGAUGAUGAUGAUGAUGAUGAUGACAAAGAGAGAACACUGUUGCGGCGGGCCACGCCACACCCCGGCGAGCUGAAGAACAUGAAGAAGGUGGCCGAGAGCAUCCGAAAGGACAUGAAUGCCGCCAAAGGCCUGGAUUCCAACAAAAACGAGGUCAAUAACGCUGUGGACCGAGUGACCACGUCUGUGUGACCGCUUUAACUCCGAGAUGUCUCUUACCCAGUGUGUCUGUCCCUGAAGCCCCCGCAGAGCCAUUCCUCACUGUGUUCUCCCAGGGGCUGACCACCCUUUUGCUCUCCUGGGACCACCAGAGCCCCUUUUCCAGCCCUGCUAACUUCAUCUGCUCCCGCCCUAUGUCAGGAACGAGUCCUCACUACACGGUGCCUUCUUUUCUAAAGACCUCCAGAGCAAUAACCGGCAAAGGAAUGCUUUUCUUUGGCACACAAAAUAGGUAGUUGCACUACAAGUCUUAGCAUAAAUCUGUCAGAACCUUUAAUAUAGAAAUACGAAUUUUAUAUAUAAAUACAUAUGCUCUAUUUUUUUAUUUUCAAACACUGGGUGCAUUUCUUUCUUUUGGAUCUACUGAUUUUAAAAAUGAUUGUAUAGUUGCUUGUGAAUAUUGACACUUUUGUACGCGUGGCAGCUCAGGUGGUGUACAUUUUAGAAACAAACAAACAAAAAAAGAUGCAUAGCCAGUUUCUUAAUCAAUGACCUUUCCCAUCGCUUGGACUUAAUUUUAGAAUUAAAAGCAUUCGAAUAAAGUGAUGGAUUUUUAAUGUCAUACACAGUUCAUUCUUAUUUGAACAUGAGGGGGCAGCUUUGUAUUUCAUUGUCAGGUUUUUCUUCAUAACCCAUGCAGUUUUCAUUGUGUGU